UUGGAGGUACUGCACGCAGAGACCCACUGAGGUUUUCCCUACUGCUUGGCAUGCUGGGAAAUGUAGUCUUCAUUCCGGACGCGAGGUGACUGGGAAGCGUUGGAAUGGAGGACUCCUCUCGUCUCGUCCCGCCUCCUGUAUAGAGUGACACAGCUUUUCGCCAAUUGCGAACUGCCCUUUCGCAGAGCCGAGGUUUAGGCUUGUUCAAGGCAGGAUUCACUCUCCCGCGAGAGUCAGAAAGAGACAGAGAGGGGCCUAAGAAAGGUAUUAUGAAGGGCUUAUAUUGGCAACAGAAUUCAUCUGGAGAAGAAGCAAGUUUUAUCUUCCUUGAAAAGGAUAACUUUUCUGUUGCAAGAGACAACUAUGUGAAAGUACAAGUUAAAGCCUGUGCUCUUAGCCGGAUUGAUACAAAGCUUUUAACAGAUAUCAAGUUGAAGAAGGAAUUUCUUCCUGUUGGAAGGGAAAUUGCUGGUGUUGUUUUGGAAGUUGGACAUAAAGUAACCUCUUUCCAGCCUCAUGAUGAAGUGGUGGGCAUUCUGCCACUGGAUUCAGAAGAGUCUGGUUUAUGUGAAGUAGUUCUAGUUCAUGAGCAUUAUUUAACUCAUAAACCAGAAAAAAUAUCCUGGCUUGAAUCAGCAGGGACUAUUCGUGAUGGUGUUCGUGCGUACACAGCUCUACAUUACCUUUCCUAUGUCUCUCCUGGAAAAACCGUGCUAAUAAUGGAUGGUGCGACUCCAUUUGGUACCAUAGCUAUUCAGUUAGCACAACACAGAGGAGCCAAAGUAAUUUCUACUGUGCGUACUCUUGAAGACAAGCAGUAUCUCGAGAGGCUUACACCUUCUGUGGGUGCCAAGCAGACACUAGUAGCUCAUAUUAUAGAUGAAUCAAAUGGAAAGUAUCAUCUGACAGAAAGCUGUUUGGAAGAGACGGGUGGAUUGGGAGUGGAUAUCAUACUUGAUGCAGGAGUGCGGUUAUACAAUAAAGAAAACAAAGAAGCAGUGGAAGAAUCGCUGCCACACAAGCAUGACAUAAUUAUGCUGCUCAGUGUUGGAGGCCACUGGAUUACAAUGGAAGAAAAUCUUCAAUUGGAUCCUCCAGAUAGUCGUUGCCUUUUCCUCAAAGGUGCUACAGUCUCUUUUCUGAAUGAUGAAGUGUGGAAUUUGUCAAAUAUUCAACAAGGGAAGUAUCUAUGCAUUUUAGAAGAUAUAAUGGAGAAAUUAUCAAGUGCUGUUUUCAGGCCUCUUUUGGAUGAGCCAGUCCCAUUAUAUGAAGCUAAAGUUUCUAUGGAAAUGGUUCAGAAGAAUCAAGCAAGAAAAAAGCAAGUUGUCCAGCUCUGAAGCUUUAACAUCAUUCCAAAUAUACGUUUGUAAACAUUGUCUUAAUUCCUUAUUUAUAAAACAUUGUUCAAUAAAUCCCAGCUCAUCUUGUAAUCCGCAGUUAAAGAAUGUUUAGAUGUUUGGGGAAAGAAACAGCAGUUUCUGGGGAAAGCUUUAAUUUUCCUCUCAUCAUUUUUAAAGCAAGAUUUCUGUUAGGGACUGAGAGAAUAUCCCACUAUAUUCCAAUUCUUUUAAAUCUCUUUUAAAGUAAUUCUUGUGGCUAGAAGAGACAACGCUUGCCUUUGUCUUGUCUCUAUUUGUGUAUAUGUAUUUUUUGUUUACUUUGAAUUUCUGAGUACUAAAUAAUGAAGUGGGAAAAGAACAGCCAGUGCCCUGCUUGCAAACACUUAGUGACUGCCAAAACUCCCCAAAAUGUUUAGAAGUUUCUAGAAAAGCUUGCUCCUCUCCCAGAAAAGUCCCCUUGCACACUGCAGAAGAUUUGCUGUGUUUCAAAUAAGUCUUAGGGCCUCCCAUCCCUUAAAAAUAUUGUUUUUUAUUUUAAGAUGUACUUUGGACACUAGAGGGUGUGAGGGGGAAUCUUUCAGUUACUUU